UGCUGCCUGCAGACGGAGAGGGAAACUAUAGAGGAGUGAUCCGCUCGGUGCGCCAGGACGCAGAUGGCGUGUGCAGUCUCUCCUGAUUCGAACGGGCUAUAUUUCACACCGUAGAACUUUUCCCUGAGACGGCACGAGGGCGAAUGACAUAUAUAUAUAGUUGGACGAAACAAAAGUGUCGAUCCGUUCCUGUGACCACACAGACAUCAUAACAUCCGACACACAAGAUUUGAAGAUCUGAUUUGCCUGACACGUUUUUGCGACGGUGGCUCAUUUGCUCCCCAUCGAAACCAGGGACGCACGGACGACGCGACUGCAACUUUUAUUUCCACCACAGUUGCCACUUGACGGUGCUCUGACUCGCAUGUUAUUAUUGUUUUGGAGCAGGACAAUGGUAUCGUUAUUUAUCUUGAUGCCCACACGGGCGCAUUUUCGCGAGAAUCUGCUCUGUCCGUGAGGAUUUCUCCCUCUAGAUUUGUAAUUUAGUCUAGUGGAUCCUUCUUAUUUUUUUGUCUUAUUUUUUUUUUCCUCGUCGGGUUGUCUUUAAGAUAGCAGGCUAUUAAUUUUUAAUUCUUAUGCAUCCGCAAGAAGACGGGACCAGCGAGGAGAAAACGAGUGAUAACCAGAGGAGAGAGAAGGAAAAGGAGGCAAGUAAAGAGGAAAAGCGAGAAUGAAUGAGACGCACUGAGCAAUCAAGGAAAAGGAGAUUGGAGGGAUCAAGGAUCACCCUCAGGGAGGGUGUAAGUUGAGGAAGUGCCACCUCACUCACCUGUACCUGCUCCCAGCCGACACUUCAGCACUGCCGUUCACCCUGCCCCCUGGUCAGGCUCCAACAUGGCUCUUGCAGUCUGGAUCAUCUUAACCUGUGCUGUGUCUUUCAGCAGCAUAGCUCCUUCCUCGCAAGCCCUGAGCCGGUCAAUGAUGCCCUUCGGCUUGAUGCGUCGAGAGCUGGCGUGUGAAGGCUACCCGAUUGAGCUGCGCUGCCCUGGGAGUGAUGUCAUCAUGAUUGAGACGGCCAACUAUGGCCGCACUGAUGACAAGAUCUGUGAUGCAGACCCCUUCCAGAUGGAGAAUGUGCAGUGCUACUUGCCAGAUGCCUUCAAGAUAAUGUCACAGAGGUGUAAUAACCGCACUCAGUGUGUUGUGGUUGCGGGGUCAGAUGUGUUCCCAGACCCUUGUCCAGGGACCUACAAGUAUUUGGAGAUCCAGUACGAGUGUGUCCCUUACAAAGUGGAUCAAAAAGUCUUUGUGUGUCCGGGGACACUGCUGCGGGUGCAGGCAGCUAGUUCUCAGCAGGAGGCGGAGCACCAGGCGGGGGCAUGGUGUAAGGACCCACUGCAGUCUGGCGACCGACUGUACGUCAUGCCCUGGACCCCCUAUCGCACUGACAUGCUGUAUGAGUAUGCCUCCUGGGAAGACUUCAAACAGAGCCGAGCCACCACCACCUACAAGUUGCCCAACAGAGUUGACGGCACGGGGUUUGUGGUGUAUGACGGUGCAGUAUUUUACAACAAGGAACGCACACGAAACAUAGUCAAGUAUGAUCUAAGGACACGCAUCAAGAGCGGCGAGGCCAUUAUCACAAACGCCAACUACCAUGACACCUCGCCCUACCGCUGGGGAGGGAAGUCAGACAUCGACUUAGCCGUGGAUGAGAAUGGCCUCUGGGUGAUCUACGCUACCGAGUCCAACAACGGCCGACUGGUGGUCAGCCAGGUAAACCCGUACACGCUGCGCUUUGAAGGCACGUGGGAGACUAGCUUUGACAAGAGGAUGGCUUCCAAUGCCUUCAUGGCUUGCGGUGUGCUUUACGCUGUGCGCUCAGUGUACCAGGACGAUGACAGUGAAGCAGGCGGGGACCUGGUGAUGUAUGCCUACAAUACUAACCAUGCCCGUGAGGAGCCUGUCAACAUCCCUUUCCCCAACCCCUAUCAGUACAUUUCCUCUGUGGACUACAACCCGAGAGACAACCAGCUUUAUGUCUGGAACAACUACAACGUGCUGCGCUAUGCGCUGGAGUUUGGGCCACCAGACCCCACCACAGGCCCACUGACCACCACCCAAGUGACCACCACUCUUCCAGCCAGGCCGUUCACCUCCAGUGCCAGCCCCUCCACUGCCCGUCCUCUGGCCCCCACCUCACGCCCCAUCGGCUCCAUCAACAAGCACCCCGACCUUCGACCGAUCACAGCCACUGUACCUGUCACCCGCCGGCCACCCCAAACUCCACAAGGCCCUGAGCUCCAUGUGUGUGAAGCAAAGCUGGUCCGUGGUGUCCAGUGGCCCAGCACGCAGAGAGGAGAAACAGUAGACCGCCCUUGUCCCAAAGGAUCUCUCGGAAUCGCUUCGUUCCAGUGCAUGACAGAGCAGGUCAUGUGGAAUCCGCGGGGUCCUGACCUGAGUAACUGCACUUCCCCGUGGGUCAAUCAGGUGGCCCAAAAGAUAAAGAGUGGAGAGAACGCCGCCAACAUCGCUGGAGAGCUGGUGAACCACACACGGGGCAGGAUCCAGGCUGGAGAUGUCAGCUCAUCUGUGAGACUGAUUGAACAACUUCUGGACAUACUGGACGCGCAGCUUCAGGCCCUGAGGCUGGGAAACAAGGAGGCCGCCACACGGAACUACAACAAGCUCCAGAAGCGGGAACGGACCUGUCGAGCCUACAUUCAGGCGGUGGUACAGACAGUUGACAACUUGCUGCGCCCUGAGGCUCUGCAGUCGUGGCAGGACAUGAACAGCACAGAACAAGCUCACACUGCCACGAUGCUCCUGGACGUCCUCGAAAAAGGAGCUUUCUUGCUGGCCAACAACAUGUAUGGGAACCGCUUCUCUGACCGAGCGCCCAGCAUUGAUCUUGAGGUGCAUGUUCUAAACACAGAGAUGGACUUGCAGGACUUAUCCUUUCCGCAGAACUACGCCAGUGACAGCACCAUCCAGCUUUCAGCCUCCACGAUCAAACAGUACAGUCGCAACGGACAAGUCAAGGUGGUGUUCGUUCUCUAUAAAAACUUGGGGUCUUUCCUGUCCACUGAGAAUGCCACCGUGAAAAUGGAAGUGGAGGGGUCAAACCAUGAUAAGAAGCGUCUGGCAGUCAACUCCCACAUCAUCGCGGCCUCUAUCAACAAAGAGUCCAGCAGAGUGUUUCUCACGGAUCCGGUGGUCUUCACACUCAAACACCUGCAGUUGGAGAACUAUCACACACCCAACUGCUCCUUCUGGAACUACUCGGAGCGCUCCAUGACGGGACAGUGGUCGUCGCAGGGCUGCAGGCUGCUGGACACCAACAGGACGCACACCACCUGCUCCUGCAGCCACCUCACCAACUUCGCGGUGCUCAUGGCUCACCACGAGCCCGAUUACCAGGGGCGGAUGCACGAACUCAUCCUGUUUGUGAUCACCUGGGUUGGGAUCGUCAUCUCCCUGGUGUGUCUAGCCAUCUGCAUCUCGACUUUCUGCUUUCUGCGGGGCCUUCAGACGGAUCGCAACACCAUCCACAAGAACCUCUGCAUCAACCUCUUCAUCGCAGAGCUGCUCUUCCUCAUCGGCAUCGACAAGACAGAAUACCACAUUGCCUGUCCCAUCUUUGCUGGCCUUCUGCAUUUCUUCUUCUUGGCUGCCUUCUCCUGGAUGUGUCUGGAGGGGGUGCAACUUUAUCUCAUGCUGGUGGAGGUCUUUGAGAGCGAGUACUCCCGCAAAAAGUACUACUAUCUGUGCGGCUACUGCUUCCCCGCACUGGUGGUGGGCAUCUCCGCGGCCAUAGACUACAGGAGCUAUGGGACCAAGAAAGCGUGCUGGCUGCGAGUGGAUAACUACUUCAUCUGGAGCUUCAUUGGACCUGUUUCAUUUGUUAUAAUGCUCAACCUCAUUUUCCUCAUAAUCACGUUACACAAGAUGGUUCGCAACUCUUCAGCUCUCAAACCUGACUCCAGCCGCCUGGACAACAUCAAGUCCUGGGCUCUGGGGGCCAUCACCCUGCUGUUCUUGCUCGGGCUGACGUGGGCCUUUGGCCUCCUCUUCAUCAAUGAGAACACAGUGAUCAUGGCCUACCUCUUUACCACCUUCAAUGCCUUUCAGGGCAUGUUCAUCUUUAUUUUCCACUGUGCGCUGCAGAAAAAGGUCCAUAAGGAGUACAGUAAGUGUCUGCGUCAUUCUUACUGCUGCAGCAGCACCUCCACCACCAGCUCCCACGGCUCCCUGAAGAACUCAGGCCUGCGUGCCAACAACCGCUACUACAGCGGUAGCCAAGCUCGCCAUGCAGCAGCCCACAGACAGAGUCGGAUCCGCAGGAUGUGGAACGACACAGUUCGGAAGCAGACGGAAUCUUCUUUUAUGGCGGGAGAUAUCAACAGCACCCCGACCCUCAACCGUGCAACCAUGGGCAACCACCUUCUGACAAACCCUGUGUUGCAAACCCGCACUGGCACCUCUCCUUACAACACUCUGCUGGCUGAGAGCUUCACCCCACCUUCACCCGGGGUCUUCAACUCUACCGGAACCUUUCGUGAUCCAAAGAGUACGCUAUCGAAGGCCCGUGACCCCUGUGGGAUGGAAACACUGCCCUUGAAUGGUAACUUCAACAACAGCUACUCCCUGCGCAGUGGCCCAGGGGUUGGAGGUGGGGUCAGCUGUGACUUUCUAGGCAGUGGGGAUGGAGACAGCCCCCCACCACUCCUCAAUUCCCGUGGCUCAGAGCCCCUGGGUGGUGGAGGCAUUCGUCGUAACCUGUCUGAUGCGGCAGCCUUCGAGAAAAUGAUCAUCUCGGAGCUGGUGCACAAUAACCUUAGAGGUGGGGGAGGAGGUGACGUAGGGGACAGAGUGUGUGGCAGCUUGGCCAGGGGUCGUCCUCAUGGUGGGGUUGGUCGGGGGACAGUGGGAGUCGGGCCAGAGCCGUCUAUGGGCAUGGAGGAAGACGAGGACUUUCUGAGAGAGGGGAGGCAGCGUACCCCGCAGGAUGUGGAGCUACUUUAUAAAGCUCUGGAGGAGCCCCUGUUAUUGCAGCGAGCCCAGUCGGUUCUUUACCAGAGCGAUCCAGAGGAGUCAGAGAGCUACCCGGCCGACCUUACUGAGAGCCUGGGCCACAGUGGUCACAGUGGCCAGAGUGCUGGCGGGCAGGGAGGCAACAGAGCGCCAGACUCUCCUGCACGUGACUCGCUGUACACCAGCAUCUCUAACCUGCGAGACUCACCGUACCCCGACAGCAGUCCGGAGCCCCUGGAGGUGGUGCCCCGCUCAGCCCAGCCCCCUGAGGAGCUGUACUACAGCUCCGGGAGGCCUGCUUUGGGGUCUCGUGGGGCCCCCAUGCAGACCUUCUACCAAGCCCCACUGCGGAGACCAAGUGGGGAGGGACACCUGGCUCAGGAGCCUGCUCACAAUGAGGGAGACGGACAAAUGCAGUUGGUGACCAGCCUGUGACUGAAGCCUGAAGGAGGAAUUUGGGGACUAAUGUAAUGGAGAAUCGCCUCCUCGCCUGCCUCGUUCUUGCAUCUCUUCACUUUCUGCUUGUUUGGUUGCCUUUCUUUCUCUUGACAUUUAUUUAACUAACAGAUGAGCAAACAGAGUGACCUUCAGAGGACGUUGUGGCUGACUCUGCAGAAGCAGCUUUUAUCUUAAAUGCUCCUCUGUCUUAUGGAGAUGAUUGAUGGGUGUUUUUCAGCAGAGCCUUCAUAUCCUUUAUCUAAACACAGUCCUUCCUUGUUCCUUUGCUUCCCUAAGGCCAAGUCCAGCACUCUGAAUGUACCCAUUCACCCCCUUUACCUUCAGAUAUUUUCAAACUUUCAAACUUUGUUUAAGUUUUUUUAUGUAAUUUCUCCUCCGACCCGCCUCCAGAGAUGGGAAUAUUGUUUUUUUAUUUUAUCUCAUUUCCUAUUCUUACCUUCCAUAGGUCUUUUUCGAGUCAUUAUUUGAUAGGAGUAGUUAGCUGUGAAGACAAGGGAAUAUAGUACACUAUCAUAACCUAAAAAAAUGUCUCACAGAAAGCUCUUCAUUGUUGCCAAAAAUAUCUUUUAUUGAGCCAGAACAGAAACUAGAACACUCACAAGACAAACACACACACACACACACACACACUCAAACUCAGAAGUGCUCAUUAAAGCACAUUAAAAGUGAAAACAGUACUCCGUCAAGGUAAACAGGAGCAAGAGCUCUUGUCCUGAGCUGGCAGUGGGAGCUAUUUCAGUGUUGCCUUCAUCUUCUCUUGUGAUUAAUCGAUGAUGAUGGACAGAAGUGGAGUAGAGGCAGAGAUGGGAACUGAAGAGGCGUGGCACCACCCUUCCAGAGCAGGAAAACCUGCACCCAUAAGACUGGCCAGUCCUCUCCACUGUUCUCUCUUGUUAUUUGCUUUAGGCAUUUGAAAAUGAAAUGACUGCCUUGCUAUUGUUUUGAAGAGAGUAUUCAUCCUCUAGGGGCUGUGGGGGCGAAGACUGGUGUCACCCCUCUCCCCCGUGUACUUUGCUGUUAGAGCCUAGACAGUUGAAGUGGACUUGUUUCCUGUGUGUGGCUGUGACAACCAAGACUGUAGACAUUGCGAAACGCAACCAAUUGGUAUAACCAUGUACAUAGGAACCACACAUGAAUCUACUUUAUUCCUGCUAUGUAAAUAGAGACACCAGAUGAUCAAAAGCAACAAAAAGUAACAAAAACUAUGAAAAAUAACUUCUUGUACUGCAACAAACAGCCAAAAGAAAAAAAUAAAAAUGUUUUGGAGUUUGUGACCUGAAUGAUGCACUCUAUCUCUCUCCCCUGUUGCUCUUCUUUGCCCCAUCACUGUGCCAUUCAGUGAAAUUCCUUGGUGAUCCAAUGGAGAGAGAGAAAGAGAGAGAGAGAUUAUAAAUUGUAGUAGAUUUUUAUUCAUACAAAAAAAGAACACACAAAAAAAAAAUCCUGGUACAGAUUUUAUGUAAUAUAAUCCAUUACGUGUUGUUAAUGUUUGAUCUUUGACAUUUCCAGGGUGCAAUUGCCGAAGGCAGCGUUGGGGGCGGGAGGUGUGUGGGGCAAGCGAGAUAGAUGUCGCCAAAUGUCAUGCUGUGCCUCACAGGGACAUUAAAGCAUUGUGGGUUUGACAAAGACAUCUAUAAAGUGAUAAUGGUGGGUUUUGUAUUAUUUGAAAGAUAUAACCAGAUGACAUACUUUUUAAUACCAUGGCUUUAGCAUGUAUGAUUAUGAUUAUUUGUUUCGCUAUCAGAGACUAUUGCAUUUCGCUGUUUCUUAAAGGCAGUUUCAGCAUCA